AUAUUCCUCAUGUUUCGUUUUGCUAGUAGAGUCUUUACGAUACUUCAAGCAAGCUCUUAUCUUGAACGUUCGAGCAAAAAUUAAUCGGAAAAAAGUGCGAUAAAUAAAGAGCUAUAUUGAUACUGGUAGCUUUUAACGUGUUAUAAAGAGGGCAAUCAAGCCUAACUACAACUCAAUCGGCAGAAGUUCAUCGAGCUUCAUCUUCGAGCUCUGACCGCUGUUUUUUUCACUCUUCUUCUUCUACGACGCGUCAUCUGUAAGAGAUCACCGUCCAAUAAGCAACGGCCAGCAAGCAGGAAAAAUGGGAUUCUCUUAGCAUCGAUUGAAUCGUUCGUCGUUUAUUGGAUAAACGCGCAUAUCGAUUCAAAACUUUUCAUCUGCGGUCAGCGUUAUUAAGCGAAUCCGUCAAAAUAACACGCGCGAAGAUUGUCUACAGAAGUGCGACAGCAGUGUUUCAUGACUCGUUCACUACGGUUGUCCAGCCCAGUUAUGUUCUCGAUCAAGUACAGCAAGCAAUUUCUGAGCUAUCGUAUACUCAAGUCCAACCGGUUCAAGUAUAUCUGACGAUACAGACUCGGACUACAUAGAGGGUGCGCGCAAGGUGGUGUGUGUGUAUUGUACCGCGGGCGGCUUGUCGUAUUUACGGUGCUCAGAAAGGCAAGGGAGUGUCUCAACAAGACCUGGAAAGUCUUGUAUAAGUCCAAUGGCUGGAUCGUUUUUUACGGCGCGAGCUUGAGGAAGUACGUCGACGACGACAUAAUCGACCCGGUGCCAUCGAAAAUCGCUAGUGAAGCGAAUAUUUCGAGGGCAACAGGUGAUACGAGCUUGAAUGAAAAAUUGAAUUGAAUUGGUAACGACGUAUGAUUUCAUUACCAAGGAGAUUUUAAUUAGGAAUAGAGGGAAUUAAAAUUUGAAAAAUAAACGUGUGCGCAGGAAGCACAGAAGCAGAAAAAAAAUCCAAUUGAUAGCAAAUCUAUUUCGAAAAUCUUGAGAAAGCUUAUUAAAAUUGGCAAUCAAGAUUACAAGUUUGCCAAACCGGCUUCACAUAUAUGAAAGAGUAGCCGUAGUAACUAAUGAUUUUCUUGUUAAGAUAAUUUUCACGCAGGAUAAUAAGUCACAGGUAUCGAGAGAAUAGUCAUUAGCGGUACAUUGUUGAAUAUACGGGAAAUUGCGGAGUCUCGGAGCGAGUUUAUCUAGAGUAACGACAUUGCUCGAUGCGCUGAUACGUCAGCUCGUGAAAGAUCAUUAGAGCGGCUCGUGAAAGAUCAAAGUAAGCGGGAAGAGCGAGAUUCCUUCGAGAGGCAUAGACACUAAUUUUUCACGGCAGUUACACACACGUACACAUACACAUUCUUAUGUAAAUACACACUCAAUACAAUCGAGCCUACAUAAAACGCGAAUUAAAGGGAAUCGCUAAUUAAAGCGAUCGGAGCGAAAUCUGCAGGUCUUUGGCGAAUCGGAAUAAAAUUGCGGAAUAAAGAAGCAAAAAAAGAAAUGAUUAAAAAGAUGAUCGUUUACGUCCCGGGCAGAAUGCCAACUCACGUUGGUCCCUACGGCGCCGCUCGUUACCCGGGCACCCUGCUAGGAACUGCCCCGGGUUUUUACAGCUCGGUUUCCGGCUACACCACCAGCCCGGGCCCGAGCUAUUACGGGAGCCUCAGCGUCCAGCAUCAACCAGGGCCGCUGGAUCUUCCGAUUUGGCCGCGAAGGAUGCCGGCCGAGGAGGAACUUGGGGCCUCGCCGGCCACAGGGGUGCCACCGGGCACCCUUGGCACCGGUGGACCCCCGAGUCCGGCGCACAGCGACUCGGACGCGUCCAGCUCGAGCUUGGAACUAGGUACCAUCAGGACCGGCGAAAACGCCCAAUUAAAGUGCAGAUGGCAUGACUGUGGCCGAUGGUUCACAUCCCUGGAACAACUUGCAGGGCACGUUGCAAGGUUGCACGCUGCGCCUGGACCGCGGGGUCUGUUUUACUGUGGCUGGGAAGGAUGCGCGAGAGGCGAACGUGGGUUUAACGCGAGGUACAAGAUGCUGGUCCACGUACGCACGCAUACGAACGAGAAGCCUCACCAUUGCUUCCAGUGCGAUAAGAGCUUCAGCAGAGCCGAGAACCUGAAGAUCCACGCACGUUCUCAUACCGGCGAGCGUCCCUACGUCUGUCCCGUCGAGGGUUGCAACAAGGCCUAUUCGAAUUCCUCGGACAGGUUCAAGCAUACCAGGACCCAUGCCGUGGACAAGCCUUACUGCUGCAAGGUACCGGGAUGUUCGAAGAGGUACACCGAUCCGUCGUCUUUGAGAAAACACGUCAAAACUUAUCGUCAUUACGUAAAUAAUAACGACAAAGUUCAAGAGAAGAGUUUCGACGACAGCAACGUUCAGGAGAAAACCAGGUUCGACGUGAAUUCGCCAGAUAAACAGAGCAGCAGCACGUAUUCCGAGUCGGACAAGAAGAAUUCGAGCAUCGAGAGCAGCAUAUCUGGUUCCAGUCCCAAGGCUAGUAACAGCUUCGAAGAACAGAAGAGUUUCGUCGAGUGGAACAACAUGUACAAUCUCCAGGAGCAACGGAAAGAGCAAGAGCAGGUCACUCCGCCGAAGCCGUACGAGCAGGACGUGAAGAUCUAUCCAAGGAUGUACGAUGACAAUUACAUCAUACCGGAUAGAAUCCAAGUGAAUCCCAUGUACGCUUCCGGUAGCACCAUCAUCAAGGACUGUUCCGUGGUGUCGUCACCUCACACAAGUCCCGGUCGAGUAUCCGACCCGAUACCACGCAUCGGGAUGCAAUCGACGCCCAUCAAGACCGAGGAACCCAUGGAGUGCAGCGUCACCAAGACUUCUACGGUUGACUACAGGAACAUUGAGUCAAUCGUCAACAGCACACCCUGCAAAAAGGAAAAUACAAUGAGCUCUGAUCCAGUCAGACACUCGGUGAUCAAGCGGGCGGAGGAUCUGAAGAUGGAGAUAGAGCAGACACCUUUCAAGGAGGAGCUCAAGGACGUCGGCGGUGACUGUUGCUGUCGACACAAGUGCUGCGUACACAGCAACGAUAGCAUGCUACGGAAAACGAAGAUCCUCUCGGAUUUUAUUCUCAAGACGCAGAACCCGGUCUUCCGACACCUGCUGGAUUCGAUGGAGCUGCGAUACGGGUUGGAGAACGUGUGGGGCAACAUUAUGGACACCGCCAACACGUGUGGCCAGGACCUCAGAGUGAAGAACGAGAACGUCACCGAGAUGGAGCAGGAUUUGCCGCUAGACUUGACGAUCAAUAAGUAAUAAAGGAUCGAUUGGCAACAUACCAAAAAGCUCAUAGUCGUCAGUACGAAUUAUCUUCAUUAUAAUGACAGAACACGAAUUAAUUGAAACGUCGUAAAUUUCCCAGACACGAAACGGAUGUCGAUAAUAAAUAAUUAAUCGGAAAGAAACGAGAUUAAUUUAACUCGGAAACGGAAAUUGUUUCGAUCAGACUGCGAAACCAAAUAUAUAAUACUCUUCGUGUUUAAUACUUGUGUUUAAUACUUACAAUUAGCAUUUAGUAUUCUAUAACGAGAGUUGACAAGAUGAAAGCAGUCAAAGAUCGAAUAAGAAUUUGCUCAAGUCUUUUAAGCAACUGUCUAGAAGCGAUUGUAUCAA